UAUAAGAUUGGGUGUUUAUGGUGUAGGGUGAUCUUAAGACCGUGAUUUUAUGCCCGCUGAAUAAAAUUCGAGUUGUUUACAUAUUGGUCGUGUGAAACCGGCAAUUCGACAUGAAAACUAUUUUGUGGAGUGACAGCAGCCAGCUAUAUAGAUUUAAAAUAUUUUUUUUACGUCAAAACACGUAAAUACGUCUGAGAUUUAUAACAAAGUCUCUUUAAAAUAUUAAUUGAAAAUGAAUGUCCACAAGCUAUGGGAGUAUCAAGAAUACAUCAACGUCAACGGUAUUAUGAUGACCAACGAACUUAUAUCUUUGUUGCAAAACUCGCUGACAAUGUUGCAAGUAGAGAACCAUUUCACCCACAUUCAGUACUGGGGCCAGAUAUACGCUGUAGAUAUGGACUACCACAUCGCUGUCGGCAUCAGCAACGAUGCACUCACUGAUCGCAAAUACUUCUACACCACCGACUUCAAAUUCUGGGGUUUGCUGCCAAAAGCAAAAAAGAAGUAUAAACAGCUGUCUCUGCUCACUACGUUCCCAUUUAGGGGAGAACCAGCUCUGCAAGUGAAGGUUUUAGACGAAGGUUUGGACGAAAACCACCCUGAUAGAUGCAAGGUCAUGAAAGAGGAAAGCCGACUGUCCGCUACCAUCAGCAACAUUUGCGAAGAAGCUGAGGUGUGCGCUCGAGGACAGUUGCUCAAACAACCGUCCGGUACAGUCGUCAUAAACCCCAAUUAUUACGGGCUAAAUGGUCAUGAAGCCAAAUUGUUGAAAUCGUAUCUUCAUAUCAGGCCAGCUCAACAUCGCUGGAACACUAACUUACUGACUAGACCGGACUACAACUACAGCAUGGACUUCCUAGACUCCAUUGACAUGGACAUUCCAGCAGGCUGUUGGAACCUCUCCAUAGAACGUGGCGGUUCACUUGUGUAUUUGAAAAGCUUGUACUGGCCCGGAAUGAUGUUUUUCCAUAAAGUAAGAACUCCAGACGCUGGCUUUCUUUACAUUGGUAAUGGCCGAAAGAAUUUAGAUGUGCCUUUUCUGCUGUGAUGGAUUUUUUAUUUAUUUAAUAUGAUGUCUUAUGAAUACGACUUAAAAUGUUACUAAUA